CUGCAGGCGGCGAUGGACCUCCCAGCGCGCAUCCGCGCACGCAGAGAAGCUCUCGCUCGGCACGACGCCGCCCUGCAAGACUGCCGCGCACGCGUGCUCCGGCUCAUCGAGCAGGUCAACGAGGCACACCCGGCACUCGAGGCGCACCUCGUCGACGCGCUCUCCACGGUGCCCCCACAGCUGCACGCGACGUGGGCCGCACAGGCGGACGUCGUGGCGGCCACGAUCGAGGCGGCGCUCCUCAAGCUGUCCCUCGUGCGCGCUCGCGCCCACCGCGCGUUGUACGGCCAUGCGCCCCCCAAUAGGCCCGACGCCACGGUGGCGCGUGCCGUGGGUGCCGCGUUCGAUAGGCUCAGGGAGAGGCGGCGGGCGCAGGACGCGGAGAUGCGGAAGCUCGACGGGCAAAUCGAGGAGUACGAGGGGAUGCUGCGCUUGGUGCAUGGGCGGCACGGGAGCUUCGCGCAGGUCGUGCAGGACAUGGCGAGAGUGAAGCGGGAGACGGAGGAGUGCAGGAAGGAUUUGAGGAGGCUGGGCUGGACGGAGGAUUGA